AUGCCUGCCGCCGCCAUGGCGCCGCCGCAGACGCCCUCCGCAGCGGGGGAUCCCCUCUUCGACGAGCUCUGGCACGCCUGCGCCGGCCCGCUCGUCACCGUCCCGCGCGUCGGGGACCUCGUCUUCUACUUCCCGCAGGGGCACAUCGAGCAGGUGGAGGCCUCCAUGAACCAGGUCGCCGCCAACCAGAUGCGCCUCUACGAUCUGCCCUCCAAGCUGCUCUGCCGAGUAAUCAACGUAGAGCUCAAGGCGGAGGCCGACACCGACGAGGUCUACGCGCAGGUCAUGCUCAUGCCAGAGCCAGAGCAAAACGAGAUGGCUGUGGACAAGUCCAGCCCCACAACGGGCGCCACGCCGGCGAAGCCGGUGGUGCGGUCCUUCUGCAAGACGCUCACCGCCUCCGACACCAGCACGCACGGCGGCUUCUCCGUGCUGCGCCGCCACGCCGACGAGUGCCUCCCUCCCCUGGAUAUGACCCAGUCGCCUCCCACACAAGAGCUCGUGGCCAAGGAUCUGCACGGCAUGGACUGGCGCUUCCGCCACAUCUUCAGAGGCCAACCUAGGAGGCAUCUCCUUCAGAGCGGUUGGAGUGUGUUUGUCAGUUCCAAAAGGCUUGUUGCUGGGGACGCCUUCAUUUUCCUCAGAGGAGAGAGCGGUGAGCUUCGUGUUGGUGUUAGGCGGGCUAUGAGGCAGCUGUCCAACGUGCCUUCUUCAGUCAUAUCUAGCCAUAGCAUGCACCUUGGAGUACUGGCAACUGCGUGGCAUGCUAUCAACACCAAGAGCAUGUUCACUGUCUACUAUAAACCUAGGACGAGCCCUUCAGAGUUCAUCAUACCUUAUGAUCAGUACAUGGAAUCUGUGAAGAACAACUAUUCUAUUGGGAUGAGGUUCAGAAUGCGGUUUGAAGGGGAGGAGGCACCAGAGCAGAGGUUUACUGGUACUAUAGUUGGCAGUGAAAAUCUUGACCAGCUGUGGCCUGAAUCAAGCUGGAGAUCUCUGAAGGUGCGUUGGGAUGAGCCUUCAACUAUUCCACGCCCGGAUAGAGUCUCUCCUUGGAAAAUAGAGCCCGCUUCAUCACCUCCUGUUAACCCGCUUCCUCUUUCUCGGGUCAAAAGACCUAGACCAAGUGUUCCUGCAGCUUCUCCUGAAUCAUCUGUUCUUACUAAAGAAGGUGCAACUAAGGCUGAUAUGGAUUCUGCUCAAGCACAAAGAAAUCAAAAUAACAUGGUCUUGCAAGGUCAAGAGCAUCUGACCUUGAGGACCAACAACCUUACAGAGAGUAACGAGUCCGAUGCCACCGUUCAGAAGCCUAUGAUGUGGUCACCGUCCCCCAACAUUGGAAAAAACCAUCCACUAACUUUCCAGCAGAGGCCCUCUAUGGAUAAUUGGAUGCAGUUGGGAAGGCGUGAACCUGACUUCAAGGAUGCAAUUUCUGGUGCUCAGUCUUUUGGUGAUUCCCCAGGCUUCUUCAUGCAGACUUACGAUGAGGCUCCUAAUCGUCUGGGUUCAUUCAAGAACCAGUUUCAGGAUCACAGUUCUGCUCGUCACUACCCAGACCCCUACUUAUACAUGCAUCAGCAACCUUCAAUGACUGUUGAAUCAAGCACAAAGAUGCAAACAGAGACCAAUGAGGUGCAUUUCUGGAACAACCAGAGCACUGUGUACGGCAAUUCAAGAGAUCAACCACAAGGUUUCAGAUUUGAUGAGCACCCAUCGAAUUGGUUAACUCCGCAGUUCUCCCAGGCUGAACACCCACGAGUGAUCAGGCCUCAGGCAUCGAUAGCUCCUGUUGACUUGCAGAAAACAAGAGAAGGCAGUGGUUUCAAGAUCUUUGGGUUUAAAGUUGAUACUACCAGUGGCCCUUCUAACCACUUGAGCUCCCCAAUGGCUGCAACACAUGAGCCUCUGCUACAUGCUCAACCAUCUGCAACAUUAAAUCAAUUGCAACAUGCACCGACUGAUUGUUUUCCUGAGGUGUCUGUAAGCACUGCUGGGACAACUGACAAUGAGAAAAGCACGCAGCAAGCUCCGCAAAGUUCAAAAGACGUCCAAAGCAAGCCCCAUGUUGCUUCCACCAGGAGUUGCACAAAGGUUCAUAAGCAAGGUGUUGCACUUGGAAGAUCAGUUGAUCUGUCAAAGUUCAGUGACUACGAUGAACUCAAAGCUGAGCUAGACAAGAUGUUUGAAUUUGACGGUGAAUUGAUGUCUUCAAGCAAAAACUGGCAGAUUGUUUACACUGACAAUGAGGGUGACAUGAUGCUCGUGGGAGAUGAUCCGUGGGAGGAGUUCUGCAGCAUAGUGCGCAAGAUCUUCAUUUACACCAAGGAGGAGGUCCAGAAGAUGAACUCGAAAUCGUCGACCCCAAGAAAGGAGGAAUGCUUGGUGGAUGGCGACGGCACAAGCGAGAAAGCUCAGCUUCUGACGUCAAGCCAUUUAGAUAACUAGGUCGUGUCUAAGCCGAUUGAGGCAUGAGGUGAGGUAUCGCACGGGGAAGUGUCCUGCCCGCCAUGAAGAAGUAACUCAGUGAUGUGGUGAUCGCCCCCUCCUUCCCCUUCUUUGGAUCUAGUAGUCCCUAGGAAGUGUAGAGACUCUCUGCUUAAUUGUUUAUUCCGCUGGUUUGCUCUUGGCAGAAAGAUUUAGGGCCAAGACUAUUAUUACCAAUGCCCUUUGCUUGAA